AUGUCUAUCAACAACUUCAUGACCACAAAGGAAAAGGAUUAUGUUGCUGAGUGUCUAAGGAAAAACGUGAGGUACUUCCGGUCAAACAUUGACUGUUCUGCUCUAUUUGAUCUGAAUGCUGGAAAAAUCGAGGUCAGGGAAGAUGAAGGAGAGCUCCGCAAGAGUGUGUGCUUGGUUUUUGGAAAGAGGGGGAAGAAGUCGUCGAAGGCGUCCAGGAUUUCAUUUGGAAUUGAGCCUGAGUGUGCCAGGGCAGAGCUCCGAAAUGCACUCAUGCUUGAAGAGGUAAUUGACCUGUACACAAUCAACAGGUAUUGCAAGAUAAACGAAAGCGACUUUGAAGAGAACAGAAGGCUGAUGUCAUCAAGAAUGCAGUCUAGCUUUGGCGUAUUUGUUACGAACCGAAAGUUUUUCUGGUUUCUUAAGGGAUAUUUUAAAUAUGCAGACGAGAAUGAAAAGCAUGAGAUUCUUAAUCACUUGCAGAAGACGUUUCAGCAUGUGAAAGAUGUGCCUGAUUUUUAUGAGCUUAUUGGAUCAUUGGUAGAUGACAUCCCGAAGAUGUCUUGCGAGUGCCUUGACUCUGGAUUUGUAUCUACAUUUCUGUUCUUCCCAAGCGGAGUCAUUCUAGCAACGCUGUUUCUCCUGCAGAACAAUGAGCUUUGCGAUGCUAUGUAUGAGUCGGCAAUUAGUAAGUCGACUGAGUCAUAUCCAAGCGACAGAUACAGCUGGCAGUUCUUUUCGGUGCUUGUCUCGUUGGUGGAUGCAGCGAAGCAGACGGAGAUUGUCAGGCUUUUGAAGCCAUGUAUCAUUGAAGCAGUUAGCAAGUACAAUGAACCAGAGGAGUGCCAUGUAAAACUAUUCUUGGAUGCAAUAGGAAUUGGAAUAGAGGAGAUACAAGAGAUACCCGUGUGA